GACGCAGUGGUUUCACCCUCGGCGCUUAUUUAUCUUGCUUGCGAUUCCCAGUCAAAUGGUAGUCAUCUACUACCUACACAUACUUCCAGUCCUCAAUAAAUUACUGAAUGGUAUCAGGUACAGACAGAAUCAUACCAUUAGAAACUCGACCCGACUUUUGGUGGACCGCAACUCAGCCACACCGCAAUCCAACCUCCGCCCAGCACGCAGCCCUACGGGAACCAAAGAAAGCAACCAAAAGAAAAAAAACCCUUUUCCUUUACAGACCGCAGCCCGCAGACCGCUUAGGCACCAGCCACGAGCGUUCGUCGUCACUGGGUCCCAGAGACCCUCUUUUUUCUUCCCGAUUCCAAUGACAGUGCCCAGACACGGGCUCUCGUUGCCCCCAAGAUCAUGGAUGGUUCCAGACGCUGUGUGAUAUUGAUACUGCUGAGUUAAGGUAACUUGGCAGCCUGUUGGUCCAAUGGACCAUUCGUGAAUUGGAUUUAUGCACAUAACUACCUGGCAGUGCGAGGGCCGCACGUGAGCGUACUCUGUGUGCGCAUUGGAACAUUGCUUUGGUUCACGUGACUGACGUCUCCAAACCAUUGUAAUCGUAUAGACUAACGCUCCUCUAGAUUCAUGAUAACGACCUUGACUGAGAUUAGAAGAGCGUCACUAGAGCAGCUAACCCAUCUAUUCCCUGUUUCUCUUAAAAACCCGUAUCUAAAUAUCUGG